CCCAAAUUUGAGAGACACUGGCCUGUGAAUUGGAGCCCAGAGAGGAAUGAGAAAUUUCACCAAUUCCCUUGAUUAUUUAAAGAGAGGGGGCUGUGCUCCCUUCACCAUAGCGCACUACUGCAAGAGACUGGACAGGAUGACCCAGAAGUCCUCUCUGGUACUGUUUGAUAGGUACUGUGUGCCCGGACAGAUGUUUGAUUAGAGGGCCCUUGCAAAAGAAAAAAAAAAGAGUGUGGACUUUUAGGAUGGGCUUAGGGGCUAGAUUUUUACCAAGGCUGAGGACAGGACUAGGUUAUCUAUGUAAUCAAUGUGGGAGUAGACUCACAAGGACCUAGGCACAGUGACUGUAAGAGAUGGAGCGAUGGGAGCUCCUGGUACCCGUUCCCUUUCCCAAGGUUAAGAGUUACCAGUGAAUCUUCCAUAAUAGAUGGAGGUGGAGGUUAAGUAAGCCCAUCUCCUCCCUCUCCCUGAGAGUUUUCUGAGAGAGGAGGGAUAGCCCCAGACCCUGCCUGGAGGAAGGGGUUAAGGAGGCCGGGCCAAUGGUCCCAGACACAGAGUUUCAGUGUUUAUUCAGGAAAACAGGUCAGACUUGGCAGCAGCAGCCCCUGCUGGCUCCUCCCAGAAAGACAGAGCUAGAGGAAUGAGCAGGGGAGAGAAUUUGUACCUUCGCCCCUUUCCCCCACUCUCCAGGGCCCAUGAGCAAGACAGCGAGCAACAGGUUCCCACUGGCUGGUGGGACAGGAAGUGAGAAAGGGAGGGGAUGGGGAAGAAGGACAGACGCUGCCCUUGGACCAACACGCCCCAUAGGCUCCAGGUGCAUCAGGACUUUGCGAGAGGAUCUGGAAUAAGGGAAAGAGCCCCUCCUCUUCCACCACCUUCAAAUCACCUUAGGUCAUUAAAGGAGUUCAGAAGACAAGUUCAAGUCUGGCCACGAGGAAAUUCAGCCGAAUAGAUCUGUGGAUCUGGAGAGCUGCAGCCCAGCACCUUCAGCCAGCGACUGUGCACUUGGACUCUCCCAUCUUCCUCCCUCACUCCCCUAACUCUGUGCCUCCCCUUCUUCCAUGUGGCUUUUGGAGAAAGCGGGCUACAAGGGAGAGAGGGUAAAGCCUGGAACACCAUGGAGGCCCCAUAUCUUAUUCCCCAGAAGAAAGCCCCCUGGGACUUACUCUUCUGCUUGUCCCAAUGUCCUAACCCCAGACCGAAUACCCCAGUUUUUUAUCCCCCCCAGGCUCCCAGACAUGGGGGGCUCUGAACCCGGGACAGAGAGAGAAACAGGCUGGACUAGGGGGCAAGAACUCCAUGGAACCUGCUCCCUGCCCCAUCUGGCUGGACGGGAAGGCUGGUCCUUUCUUCUGGAGAGCCCCCAUACCCGGCGCCGAGAGUCCCUUUUCCACAUGGCCCCAGUGACCUCUGCGUUGGAGGAGCCCCCAAUCAAGUCCCGACUGCACCUCUCAACUCCAGAUCUGCGUCUCUGCUUGGCCCUGGAGAGUGAUGUGGCCUCCUCACCUGACUCUUCACCCUUCAGCUCACCCCAACCAGGCCCUGCCCGACCCCAUCUAGGCUCACCCAGGCUGCAUCUCUCCAGACCUGGCUUCCCAUCCCCUAUAGAGGAGGGCUCAGCCAAUGCCAGUCCCCACGCUGGCCACCACUUAGGUCCCCCAACACCACCCCUCUUCCAUCUGGAUUUUCUGUGCUGUCAGCUACAGGUGACUAAAGAGAGUGUGGUGAGCCUGGAACCCCGGGGUGGACAGCUGAGGUUGUCUGCUGAGUACCAGACAGGCUUGGGUCAGCUGCGGCUACGGCUCAUCAGUGCUGAAGGGCUGCCUAGGGGCCGAGUAGGACCCAAGGGAAGCAGUGGCUGCUGUAUCAUAUUUCGGCUAAGGCCAGGGAGUUGGCCUCAGGGACGGAGCAGGGUGGUGAAGUGUAGUUCCAACCCCAUCUUCAAUGAGGACUUCUUCUUUGAGGGACUUAAGCCCUCUGACCUGGCCACCCACAGUCUGAAGGCCAAGGUGCUGGACAAGGGAGCUGGCCUACGGAGGGAUGUGUUGCUGGGAGAAUGUGAGGCUCCACUCGUCAGCCUACUCCCCGCCUAAGGGCUCGGGUGGUGUGGGAGGAGGCCCUGUGCCCAGGUUCAGACAAGAACAUGGGAAAUGGGUGCUCUUUGGGGGGUCCCAAGAGAAGAGGGGCCUCCCUGGUGCUUCCCUUCUCCAUCACCAUGACUUUACCGGACAUUGGUCUUUCCCUAAACCUGCCUUGAGGGUGUCCUAGCUCUGUCCUUAAUCUGUUCAUCUUUUCAUUUGUUAUGAAAUCUAUUUAUUUUUGUUAAUAAAAUGUUAGU